UAUUCUUGGCACCAAUGGCUGGAGUAGCCAGCCUUAUGGGAAGAAGGAGCAGUGGUGACACCCACUGUGGAAGGUAUAAAUAGGGAUGGGCGGCCACGGCCAGCUCGCAGUCUGAUUUCAUAUCAAGCUGUGCAUCUUGCUUUGGGCUUCUGCUUGCCUUGCCAACCGCUGUCGCCAUGAGUUGCAACAUUAAGGAGACUAUUACUGUGUCUAGCAAAGGCAGGAGCAGUGGUGGCAGCUGUAUCAUUGGUGGUGGUGGUGGAGCACGGAUUUCUUCCUAUGGGAUAGGCAGUGCCAGAGGUUUCUCUGGAAGGAGCUACUGCGGUGGAGUGAAUUAUGGAGGGGGACUGAGCGUUGGUAGCUUGGCUGGUGGGAGCUAUGGAGGUGGCAACUGCUAUGGCAAUGGCCUGGGGUUUGGCCUCGGAGGAGGGGUGGUUGUUGGGGGUCUCGGUGGCGACUGUUUGCUGUCGUCCUGCGAUGAGAAGGUCACCAUGCAAAACCUCAACGACCGCCUGGCCUCCUACCUGGACAAGGUGAAGUGCUUGGAGAAGGAGAACGCCGAGCUGGAGUGCAGGAUCAGGGAGUGGUACGCGACACAGGGCCUGUCCUGCGAGCCCCGGGACUACAGCUGCUACUACAAAGAGAUCGAGGACCUCCAGAACCAGAUUGUCUGUGCAACCAUUGAUAACAACAAGAUCAUCCUGGACAUCGAUAACAGCAGGAUGGCUGCCGAUGACUUCCGUGUGAAGUACGAGACGGAGCUGGCCCUGCGCCAGAGCGUGGAGGCCGAUAUCAACGGGCUGCGCCAGGUCCUGGACCAGCUGACGCUCUGCAGGUCCGACCUGGAGGCACAGCUGGAGUCACUGCGGGAGGAGCUCUGCUGCCUGAAGAAGAACCACGAGGAGGAAAUGUGCUGUCUGAGGAAGCAAUCGACUGGAGAUGUGAGUGUGGAGGUCAAUGCCUGCCCUGGACCAGAUCUCAGGCAAAUCUUGGAGGAUUUGAGAUGCCAGUAUGAAACACUGAUAGCGCGGAACCGCAAGGAAGUCGAGGAUUGGUACGAGUGCAAGAUUGAGGAGGUGAAUCGGGAGGUUAUUACAAGCGGUCAGGAGGUGGAGACGUGCAACAACCAGGUGACCGAACUGAGACGCCAAUUGCAAGCCCUGGAAAUCGAUCUCCAAGCUCAGCUCAGCCAGAGAAAUAAUUUGGAAUCCUCUCUGGCUGAGACUGAGUGCCAGUACAACACCCUCCUCGGUGAGCUACAGAACCAGAUCACGUGUGUGGAGCAGCAGUUGGCUGAAAUAAGGGCGGAAAUAGAGUGUCAGAACCAAGAGUACAAGACCUUACUGGACGUCAAGUGCCGCCUGGAGCAGGAGAUCCAGACCUACCGGUGCUUGUUGGAAGGAGGACAGCAGGACCUCAUUCACGGAGGAGGAAUCGGAACUGGCGGAGGGGUCAUUAGGACAAGCCACACCUACACAACAACUACAGCUGCCCACUGCCAGCCCCAGGUCCCACCCUGCAAGACUGGAGACAUACAAGUGACCUGCAGGAGAAUUUGUGAUUAAGGAGGAACGGACUGGAAGGUGACAGGGAAACCCAGAGACAAACCCAGAACGCUCCGUGUUCGCUGCACCCUCUGUGCAGAGAAAGUAGAAGUAACUCAGCGACGCUUGGCCACGUAGCUAAAGGGGGUGUCAGGAGCCCCCUCCUCUGUUCUGCUCUUCUGCUCUGCAAUGCUGUAACCUCUAGAAAUUACCUGAGUUAGUCAGGGUCACUAACGUACCUGCUGCUGAAAAACGUCUCUAAUAAAACUUUGCUUGUGCCUGAUGCAAUCAAGAA